GUUAACUGUUCUUGGCGUUCACUAUGCGUUCACCCUCAGAAUCUCAUAACCUCAAAAAUUUCCGUGAAAAAAGAAAUAAGUUUUUCCAGUUUUAACAUUUUUUAUGUCUUCAAAGAGUAUAAUUAAGUCUAAUUUUUUUAGCGAUGUACUGCCUUGUCUAUGGUACUGUCUAUUGGUGUUUAUUUUCUAUGGUGUUUAGUUACUCGUAUUGUAAAUCCACUUGAUCAAUCGUGGAUCAAUCCAUCAAGAUAAAAUAAUCGAUUACCAUGUCUUGUGAUCUACAAUGUUAUUUAAUCAGUUUAGAAAACUCAAAAAAGAUUAACUUAUUAAAUCUAAAACCAAUAAUCCUAGGUAGAAACAAAGAGACUGAAGUUAAAGACUCCUUAAUUUCAAGAAAACAAAUUGUUAUUUAUUCUAUUACAGAUGAACGUAAUGUAAAGUUGAAAGUAAUAGGUAAAGCUGUGUCUGGCUGUAAUGGUUUAGCAUUACACAACAAUGUUGUCUAUACUAUUGGACCUCAUGACAUAAUUGAACUUAGAUUAGGUUAUCAUAAAUUUAAAAUUGUUUUUGAGCCUGAUUCUGAAUCAAAAAUGGACAGUAUUGAAGGAAACAUUGCAAAAAAACCUAGAAUGGAAUCUGCAUCUAUAUCUACAGAAAGUAAUGUUGAAAAAAAUGAGUGUAAAUUUUUGGAAGGUUCUUGGAUAGAAGUUGAUAAUAAAGAAUUACUGGUUUAUACACCAGAAAAUUGUGAAUGUAGAGCUAAAAUUGCAGGGUUUGAUAUUGAUGGUACUAUAAUUAAAACUAAAUCUGGAGCUCGAUUUCCUAAAAAUUCUGAUGACUGGACAUGGAAUCUAGGUAAUGUAAAGAGCCAGUUAAGAGAAUUAUUUAAAAAUGGUUACAAGCUUGUUUUUUUUACCAAUCAAUUGGGACUUUGGAAUAAUAAUUCUAAAACUAAUGAUUUCAAGAAAAAAAUUGAGAAUAUUAUAAAAGCAAUAAAUUUGCCAAUCCAAGUUUUUAUAUCAGUUGGUAAACGAUUAUAUAGAAAACCAAGAACAGGAAUGUGGGAUAAAUUAGUAAAAAUGAAUGAUAACAUUACAAUUGAUGUUGACAAUUCAUUUUUUGUGGGGGAUGCAGCGGGACGAGAGAAAAAUUGGGCACCUAAAAAGAAUAAGGACCAUUCUUUAUCAGAUCGUCUUUUUGCAAUGAAUAUUGGUUUGAAAUUUUAUACCCCUGAAGAAUAUUUCCUAAAACACCGAGCAGCGCCUUUCAAAAUGCCAGAAUUUGAUCCUAGAAUAGACACUAGUCAUCUCUCGUAUCCAGAUAUAUCAUUUAACAAACAAAACGUUGUCGUUAUGGUUGGGGGUCCAGGAUCAGGUAAAAGCAAUUUUGUGAAAGAUACUUUAAUACCUAUGGGAUAUGUUCAUGUUAGUCGAGACCAAUUGGGCAGUUGGCAAAAAUGUGUAAAAGUUAUGGAAGAGGCUCUGGAUAAAAACAAAAACGUUGUAAUCGAUAACACAAAUGUUGAUAAGGAAACUAGGCAAAGAUUUAUUCAACCUGCAAAACAACGUAAUAUAGAUAUCAGAUGUUUUAUAAUGGACGUAUCGAUAUCGCAGAUGAGACAUAAUAAUCUUUUUAGAGAAAUUACUGAUCAGUCUCAUGCUAUCGUGAGUGAUAUAAUAAUAUAUAGCUACCGUAAAAAUUAUCAAGAGCCAGAUCUGUCUGAGGGUUUUGCUCAAAUUUUAAAAAUUCCUUUCAUUGGCAAAUUUACUAACAAAUCCCAUGAGAAACUCUAUAAAACAUUUUUACUAGAUUGAAAAAUUAAUUGUCAAAUUUAAGACUAUUUUAUUUCCUAAAUUCUUAUGUUUUUUUUAUUUAAUAAAAGCUGAGUAUUUCAUAAUAAAA